AUGUGGCAAACCAACUGCAGACAAAUGCUGAGUUUAACGAACUGGAUAUCUGAGACAGUCAUGGGCGGGUGUGUGGGGAGGGAUCAGCUAGACGGACCAGGGCCUGCCAGGACCUCUACAUGGAGCAAAAAACGAGGAGGACGCAAUGAGCCCCUUAAGAAGGAGUGCCCUAAAUGGAAGAGUGAGUACCCUAUGACUGAGGGCCAGCUGAGGAGUAAGAGGGAUGAGUUUUGGGACACGGCUCCAGCCUUUGACGGCAGGAAGGAGAUUUGGGACGCGCUCCGAGCGGCAGCAGUGGCUGCAGAGGUUAACGACCUGGAACUGGCUCAGGCCAUUGUGGAUGGAGCCUGCAUCACACUACCACACGGUACGCUGACAGAGAGUUAUGAUGAGCUGGGGAACCGCUACCAGCUUCCUGCCUACACUCUAGCCCCUCCCACGAACCUCAUCACUGAAUGCACCAAUGAGAGCCAAGCUCCCAAUCUAAAGGAGCAGAAAAUGCCUCCCCCUCCUCCUAAAGAGGAGUUCCAGCUACGAGUACGUCUCUCGUGCGGUAAGGACCUACGUAUAAGCGCCUCCAUGUCAGACUCCAUUUCCCAGCUGAAGACAGCCCUGGAGGGGCAGGAGGAUAUUGAAGCGGCCCACCAACGCUGGUUCUUUGCAGGGAAACUGCUAACAGAUAAGACCCGGCUCCAGGACACUAAGAUACAAAAAGACUUUGUGGUCCAGGUCAUCGUGAACAACUACUCACCCGUAACCAAACUCAUACCAAACUGAGAGAGAGAGGUGACGCAAGGCCUUGUUUCACUCCUCUGGAAGUUAAGAACACCAGGGUUGUUUUCAUUAGCGCACACUGUAGGGAAACGUUUUGCAACAGAAAACAAACAUGUUUUUAUUGUACAUGUUCAGAUAGUUCCCCCAAGUUUCGGAUCACUUUCUUACAUUUCACGUCUAGUGGACACUACCCUGAACUGUUGGUUACUGCAAAGGAAUUUGGGGUAUAAUAUUUGAUGAUUAGUUUACAUUUCCUAUCCUCUUUUUGUAUUUCCCAAUUUCCUAAUAAUCUCACAUUGUUAAUGUGUGUAUUUUCACUCCGUAUGUGUAGCCUGGCAAAGAACGGACAAACUGUAGACGGAACUGGAAGAGAAUCAUGGCAUGAGGAGAAUUUACUACAGUGUGUCUGUCUGUCUGUCUGUCUGUCUGUCUGUCUGUCUGUCUGUCUGUCUGUCUGUCUGUCUGUCUGUCUGUCUGUCUGUCUGUCUGUCUGUCUGUUUGUCUGUUUGUCUGUUAUCAUCCACUUCCAUUACACCUCUGUCCCCGACAGUAUAUAAAUGAUUUUCCUUGUGAUUGUGUCCAUCUGGAACUUUAAACUAUGAAUAGGGUUGGACAGUGGAAAGUAUCCUGCCUGACGAUACAAAUAUUCUGUUGGAUCUCCAUUUAUACUGAAAGCCAUUCUAUUUGUACUAUUUCUAUUGUCUGAUUGUUACAUAAUGGUAAAGAAGAAUAUUGACAGAUUUAUGAAAUAAUGUUUACAUACUGUUUCAAUGUGUGUUUAAGUGUGAGUAUUUAUAUAUUUAAUAAGCAGAAAUGUAUUUUUAAGUGAAAAUGUUCAUGAAAAGUCAAUGUGAUGAACAAGUGAAAAUACUGGUUUAUAAGGUGGAAAUAGCUGAUUUGAAUUUCUCUAUUUUUCCAAUCAGGUAUGGAUAACAUGCUGUAGUUUUGUAUGCUCCGAAGUGCACUAAAAGUGGAUGAA